ACAGUAACAGCGCUUGUGAUUGGUCGCUAGCUGGGCUGACUGACGCUACCAGGAAAAUGAUCGUGUUGUGGGGACGUCAACACUUUUCCCCCGACUCCGCUGAACUCUCGCACGUUAUUGACCGUGUCCGUGAACCGUUUGAUGGAAAGUUUCAUUCAUCUGUGUAAUCAUCACAGAUCGAUUGAGCAGAGGCGGUACAGAGCGGGUUUGUGAGGGAAGAAUCGGGUCCAUGUUCGAGGAUAAUGGCAGCAGACAGAGAAAGUCCAGACAGACGCAAUGAGGAUAAAACAUUGUCCCGCAGACAGAGUGAAGUUAACAGGAAUUUGAAGUACAUCAGUUUGGCAAUUCUGGUGAUUCAGAAUGCAUCGCUCAUCCUCAGCAUCCGUUAUGUGCGGACAUUACCAGGGGAUCAUUUCUUUACCACAUCAGCUGUGGUUAUGGCAGAAGUUCUCAAAGUUUUCACCUGCCUGAUUAUAAUCCUGCUACAACAAAAAGGUAAUGUAAAGAACUUCGUAAUGUUACUUUACGACUCUAUAGUUGUACAGUAUUCGGACACACUGAAGUUGGCCGUUCCAUCCCUCAUCUACACUUUACAAAACAAUCUACAGUAUGUGGCCAUUUCCAAUUUACCAGCAGCCACAUUUCAGGUGACAUAUCAGCUGAAGAUCUUGACCACAGCAUUGUUUUCUGUACUCAUGUUGCGUAAGAGCCUUUCUAAGAUCCAGUGGAUCUCUCUGGUGCUGCUGUUCGCCGGCGUGGCGAUCGUCCAGGUGGACCAAGAAAGCGGCAAGCACAAGGAGGCUUUGACCAGCCCCAACCAGAACUAUUUCAAAGGCCUGGUGUCGGUGGUGAUCUCCUGCUUAUCUUCUGGGUUUGCCGGCGUUUAUUUCGAGAAGAUCUUGAAGGGUAGCUCGGCCUCCGUAUGGUUGCGAAACAUCCAGCUCGGAAUCUUCGGAACCGCUUUGGGUCUGCUGGGCCUGUGGUGGAACGACGGGGAAGCCGUCGCUGAGAAAGGCUUCCUGUUUGGCUACACGCCACUGGUGUGGGGAGUUAUUUUCAACCAGGCAUUCGGCGGCCUCCUGGUGGCCGUAGUCGUAAAAUACGCGGACAAUAUUCUCAAGGGCUUCGCCACCUCUUUUUCCAUCAUUGUGUCCACUAUUACGUCCGUCUACCUCUUUGGUUUCCACGUGGACUUGAUCUUCACGCUGGGCGCGGGAUUGGUCAUAGGAGCCGUCUACAUGUACAGUCUCCCCAAACCAAACGCCAGCGCUCCCAGCACCAGCCCGACUUCAUCCGUCCACAGCAAAGGAGGCAACUCGGAGCUGGAAGCUUUCCUCCCAAAUCUCAAGUUUUCAGGACCGAAGAAGGGAAACUGAUUUAGGAAACAUCUACGUGAGAAGAGAUGAGAACACACUGUGCCCGUAUUUCCAACACGUCUGCCCCAUUUAUAGGAAAUAAUGGUUUUGGUUGUUUGUUUCAAGUGUUUUUGUUAUGCUGACUGAAUUAAACUCUAAAUAAUGGUGCUUCUGAUGAUAAAACAUA